UAAAAAAAAACUAGACAAAUCAUACUCCGUAUAUCCGAAUGUGAAACAAAUUCAGAAUGCACUCUAGCAUUUCGCAUUUUCAUUUUGGAAAAUUCCUAAAAGUGACUUCUCCAGAAAGAAACAAGAUAGCUUUGCGUUUUUCAAUUUUGAAAAACAAAAAAAAAAACAUGUUAACGCUGUUGAAUAAUGAUUGCAUCUGAGUACGUCCACGGUCUCCACCGGCCCUCAAAUAAUGGCAAUGGUUUGGUUAAUCGUCUUCUUCCGCGUCCGCACAUGGAUUGGGGACACGUAGCAAAAGGUGAUUAUGUACGUACAAGUGAGCAGGAAGUGGUCGGUGGUCACAUUCUUGCACUGCUCUUACAUUUGAUUUGCUGUUGGGACGACUUGACUUGGCGGUGGACUCCUAUUAUUAUCUAUGGAACCAGAGCAGCACAAGAGAAGAUGACUGGUUGAGAGGAACAUACUUCAACAAGGUAAUAAAGCAUGGGUGUAGUAUUGUUGUUGAUGGCAGUGGGGGUGCUGGCGAUGAGCGUGAGUGCUGGUAAAUGCAUUGAUGGGGAGAGGGAAGUGCUGCUGAAGUUUAAGCGCAGCAUUGUUGAUGAGGAAGACAGUCUGCGGUCUUGGGGUAUCCAUAACAAAGAUUGCUGCAGGGGCUGGACUGGAGUUAGGUGUGAUCACCACACUGGUUAUGUCAUCAAGAUUGAUCUUUUUCAUGUGAGGAAGCUGUCUGGGAAAGCUCCACAUACCAGACUUUCUUUUAUUGAGCUUCGCUAUUUGAAGUAUUUGAGUCUUGCCUACAGCAGCAACUUGCUGGCAAACCAGAGCAUCUCAACAUUGAUUGGGAAUAGUGUGGUUUCCCUUCAACAUCUCAGUCUUGUAUUCAUGGGAAUUGUUGGAAACAUUUCCCAUGAUUUUGGAAGCAGCAUGCCUGCCCUCAAACACCUCGAUCUCAGCGGUAAUAAAUUACAAGGUCCCAUUCCUGAAAAUUUUGGGAACGGCAUGCCUGCCCUCACAUACCUUGAUCUCAGCUAUAAUGCGUUACAAGGUCCCAUUCCUGAAAAUUUUGGGAACAGCAUGCCUGCCCUCACAUAUCUUGAUCUCAGCCGUAAUGGGUUACAAGGUCCCAUUCUUGAAUAUUUUGGGAACAGCAUGCCUGGCCUCAUACACCUGAAUCUCGCAAGUAAUCGGUUAGAAGGUUCCCUUCCUGAAUAUUUUGGAAACAGCAUGUCUGCUCUUACACACAUUGAUCUCAGCUAUAAUGGAUUACAAUGCUCCAUUCAUGAAAAUGGUUUUGGGCAUAUGUCUUCCCUUGCAUAUCUUGACAUUGGUGGAAACUUUUUGGGAGGUCAAAUCCCAACGAGUUUAGGGGAAAACAUGACUAGCCUUACGUACCUUAGCCUGAGCAAUACCAGUUUACAAGGCUCCAUUCCUGAAACAUUUGGAAAGAUGAUUAAGUUGACUCAACUUGACCUGAGUCAUAAUAGUUUGGAAGGUCACAUUCCUGAUGCUCUAGGGAAUAUGUCCUUCCUUAAAGUGCUUGAUCUUUCAUAUAAUAGAUUUGAAGGAGAAAUCCCAAAAUUCAUUUGGCAGAUAUGCACACUAAAUGCCCUCGACAUGACAUCCAACCGUCUUGGUGGAAACAUAACUAUAUCCACAUUAUGCCCAAAUCACCAUAUGGGGUAUUUAAAUUUAGGUAGCAAUCAAAUUACGGGAUCAUUUCCGGAACUUACAAUGUUCCCCUCUUUGCACGGAUUAAAUCUUAGUUAUAACCCGCUAGAUGGGGUCAUUUCUGAACAUCAUUUUGUUACUCUCUCUGAACUAUAUUUCCUAGAUUUAUCUUCAACCAAUUUCACUUUCAAUUUCAGUCUGCUUGGCUUCCUCCUUUCCAAUUGAUAAUGAUAAACCUCGCGUCUUGUAACUUGGGCCCUGAAUUCCCAAAUUGGCUUAGAACUCAAGUCAACUAUUUAGUACUGGACAUUUCCUAUAACGCCAUCUCAGAUUCAAUUCCCUCCUGGUUUUGGAAUACAAAUCCUAAUAAUGUGACCAUUGAUGCUUCUCAUAACGCAAUGAAGGGAAGAAUUGUAAGUGGCGCUCAAGUAUCAUCAGGGUUUGGAAACAUGGAUGUGCUAGAUUUAAGUUUCAAUAAAUUAGAAGGUUCCAUUCCACAGUCAUUAUUCAAUGUGAAAAUGAUGAACCUCUCUUAUAAUAAGUUCACUGAACUCACCUCCCUAUGUGACAUUAAGGAUCCUAAGGUGGCUGCUGGUGUGCUUGUUUUGGAUAUCUCUUUCAAUCAACUUUCAGGAACACUUCCGGAUUGUUGGUCAAGUCUCUCUAGUCUGACAGUUCUCAACUUGGCAAACAAUCAAAAUCUAUCAGGGAGUCUUCCAACUACUAUUGGAUCAUUGGCAUCCCUAAAGGCAUUGCAUCUUGACCAUAACCGUUUUACUGACGCUCUACCUUCAUCUAUUAAGAACUGCUCCAAAUUGGUAUCUCUACAUCUGGGACACAAUAACUUAUUCGGACCAAUACCAGAUUGGGUGGGUGAAAAUCUACCACACCUUGCGAUUCUUGCGCUAGGAUCCAACCAAUUCAAUGCAAGUGUACCCACAAGUCUCUGUCGUCUCCAAUCUCUUCAACUGUUAGACCUGUCCAUGAACCACCUCACAGGGAGUCUUCCCAAAUGUCUUUCAAAUCUUACUCAAAUGACUAUAAUAAGAGCCGGCAGUGCUACCAUUUCUUAUGAAAUACCAUUCCCUGUCCCUCCUGAUGAAAUUUUUCCAACGAAUGGAGCCAUCAAUGAAUUUGACAAAGUAGAUAUUGUAUGGAAAGGUAUGCUGUCUGAAUUUGGAAGAACAUUAGGACAUGUAAAAAGCAUUGAUCUGUCAUCCAACGUGUUGACUGGUGAAAUCCCAAAUGAAAUCACAUCGCUUGUUGGGCUGAUUUCUUUGAACUUAUCACGAAACAACCUAAGGGGACAGAUUCCUUUAAGGAUUGGUAACUUGGCAAACUUAGAUGCUCUUGAUUUGUCUAAUAACCAUUUGUCUGGUAGCAUUCCUCAAAGCCUUGCCCUGAUUGAUCGCAUAAGUGCUCUCAAUGUGUCCAACAAUAACUUAUCAGGCAAAAUCCCGAAAAGCACUCAACUUCAGAGCUUUGAUGCAAGUGCAUACAUGGGGAAUCUCGGUCUAUGCGGAGAUCCACUCCUCAAUACUUGUCCAGGAGAAGAAUUAACUUAUCCUUCUCCUCCUGGAUUCAGUGAAGAAGAAAAAGGAGAAGAUGUAGAUAAGAUUUUCGGUGGUGACUUUUAUGCAAGCAUGGGGGUGGGAUAUGCAUUUGGAUUCCUUACGAUUGUUGGGACAGUACUAUCCAACAGGUCUUUUAGGUUUUCGUUUUUCAAAGUCCUUGAUGAUUUUGCUAAUUGGGCUUAUGUUGUGGCUGCAAUCUACAAGGCAAAGCUUCUGAGAAUACUUGGGAGUUAAUAGGUCAGGGUAAGUACCCCUUACUUACAUCACAUGCAUCACCCCCCCCACCCACACACAUAGUAUCACUUUUAGGUUAUAUAUCCCCACUCUUUUUUCUAUGUUUUGUUUUUGUAAUGUCAUUGUUCCUCUUGGAUACUGGGGUUAUGUGAUGGUUCAAUCUUUGUGUAGUUUGGGGCACUUUUGGCUCUUCAUUCUAGAUUUCUAGUUCAUUGUGGUUAAAAUCUUAUAGUUCACUUUUGUGAAACAUGUACUACGAGUAUAUGUUCCAAGAAGGCAGUAACAAAGUUUCUCUCUUAAUGGGCUGUCUUAUUUUUUCCUUGAUGUUCCUCAAUUUGGAUAGUUAUGGGUGAUGAAGACAUGUUUGGAAUUUGUGGAAGAAGAAAUUGCUAAAGGCAUACAUAGUACCAUUUAAGUAGCCAAUAAAGUAUAUUUAUCUUCCUAUUUUCAAAAUUAUCUUUGUUAAAGGCAUCACCAUAAGCCAUUUUGGGCUGCUUAGCUGAAUAUAUUUUGGGGAAUUUAGGCGUAUUCAAAUUUAGCCAUGUUCAGCCUGGUGCUUUUCAUUUGAUUACAUAUCCUUAGUGUGGCAGGGUGCGGAGAAGGAAAAGAAACAGAUCUUCGGUACCAUUACUUUUAAUUUUAACGUCUUUCUGUUAGGGUUGGGAGUCGAAUUAUUUUUACUUUUUAGCAAUAUCUCCAAUACAAAUUAAUUAAUAACUCUGAAAAAGUUAAAGUAUGUGUUAUUGGUAUGAUUUUUUCAAGUAACAUGAAGACUUUCUCUUCCCAAAAUCUGAGAUACAUUUGAUUUAUGUAUGAUAGUUUAAGAAAAGUAGUAUCUUCACAUUGACUUGAUCAUACUAGAGUUCCACCCGUGCGAUGCACGGCGAUAUAUUCAAUUAAAAAUAUUAGUGAAUGUUAUCGAAUCGAAUUUUAAAGUAAAAA